UUCUGAUGGAGCCCAGGAUAACACUUGCUUUCCGAGCCACAAGGGCACACUGCUGACUCAUGUUAAGCCUGAAAUUAAACAACUGAAGCUGACCUCUCAGUGAUUCCCCCACAUGAAACUCUGCAUCCCUGUGGUUGCAAAAAUACAAAGGGGCAAUGCCAAAUGUGUUGGUCCACCCUUGGAACCACCCUUGGGAUGCAGGCCACCAGACCUGCCAUGUGGCUUGUGAUUCUGUGCAAAAGGUGCUUCUAUUUCCACCCAUUUAAAAACGUCUUAGAAUGUGGCCAAGCCAGUCUGUCAGCUCCCGUUCUGCUCUCCGAUCAAAUUCUGCAUACAGUUUAAAGGAACAGAAAUCCUUUCUGCCGCUCUUGAAGGCUCAGCCCAUGUUUACCAAAAUAACCAUUCAUAAUAAGACAAUGGAGGUGCCUGCCAGUACUAAACCAAACACCUGGGCCGAUCCUGUGGCGAAGAAAGCUCCACAGAAUCAUUAAGGUUGGAAAAGACCUCUAGGAUCACCUAGCCCACCGCCAGCCCAUCCCCAUCACGCCCACGACUGACGGGCGGCCGCGCAAGGUCCGCAACAGCGGCGGGAACCUCGCCGCCCUCCCCUCUCAGCCGCCGCUCCCCGGCGGCCCCGCAGCCGGCACUUCCGUCCCCCCCUUCCCGGCAUCACUUCCAGGUCAGGAAGGCACCGGGCGGCUUCCGGCGGGAGGCUGCGGGGCGCCGAGCGCUGCCGGCCCGCGGGGCUGAGGGGCGCCGGCGGCUCCGCGGCGAGGGGAGCUCCCCGCGGGCAGAGAUGUUGGCGCGCUUGUGGGGGUUCCUGUACAGCAGCUACUUCCGGUUCUGGCUGAAGUGGCUCUGGCGGCUGCUGACGGGGAAGUGCGAGCUGCAGCGCGUCUGCGAGGGCGCGAAGGAGGGCGCGCGGAGGACGCUGGGCAUAGAACAUUCACUGGGAUCAUCAAAAAAUAAGGUUCUAAGAAAUGCUCUAAACGCUGGUGAAACUGAAAUAGAGAAGUGUGUCAAAGAUGUAAUGAAAGAAAAGAAAAUUGAACAGAAGGAUAUGAGGUUUAAGACAAAUCUGCAUAUGUCCUUACUGCAGAUAACAGGUUAUAAAAAACUUUACUUGGAUGUGGAAAAUCUGAGGAAGGUCACAUAUGAUUCGGAUAAUGAAGAACACGAGGAACAGUUAAUUGAGCUCUGGAAUUUGCUGAUGCCUCAUGAAAAUCUGAAGGCCAGAAUCACGAAGCAGUGGUGUGACAUUGGCUUCCAAGGCGAUGACCCCAAAACAGACUUCAGAGGAAUGGGCCUGCUGGGAUUGGUGAACCUGGUGUAUUUUAGUAAGCAUUACACCAAUGAAGCUCGUCAGAUCCUUUCUCAUUCAAAUCACCCAAAACUGGGAUAUUCUUAUGCAAUAGUUGGAAUUAAUCUGACUGAAAUGGCAUACAGCUUACUGAAGAAUGGUGCUUUAAAGUCUCAUCUGUACAACGUAGUCCCUGGAUUGCCACAAAUGGAACACUUCCAUCAAUUUUACUGUUAUCUGGUUUAUGAGUUUGAUAAGUUUUGGUUUGAAGAAGAACCAGAAAGUAUUAUGCACUUCAACCAGUACAGAGAAAAAUUCCAUGACAAGAUUAAGGGCCUUCUACUGGAUUAUGAUGUGAUAUUAACCUUGCAGAAUAAAAAGAAACCGUAACUCCUCUGCACACAUCAGGUUCUGCAUCAACAAGGGAAUUAUGCAUUUGGUUGCAAGUUUUGCAAGUUUCACUA